CUUUAUUAUAUUCUUGAAGUUUGGUUUGGCCUACUUGAAACACCCGGCAUGUGCCUAUAAACCAAUACAGGGUAAACAUUAGCUAGCUGUUCACAUGACAUGUAGCUUGUGACGUAAUUAAAAAAAAACGUAGGCUUCUACAUGUGCUGUGAAAAAAUGUAAAGAAAGAGCCUCGUCAAUGUCCACACUUGUUAUCUUUCCAGGAAGAGACAGUGAUUCAGACGAAAGGAUGAAAAUGUACAACAGCUCGGAUGAACAGCAGAAAGUCUCCAGUGGGUCGAAAGAAAAGGAAACAUCAUGGCUCAAAGCCAUUAUGGAAGACCAAAAGAUGCACGGAAUGAUCGUGGCAGUCGGUAUCGGACUGGCGGUCCUCAUAGCCUUCAUCACGUUCACUCUAUUCACGUCACCGCCACAUCAGCCACGCCAUAAGCCACCACCGGUACCCGCUGUAAGAGAAUACACCGUCAGAGACUACAGCCAGACGCGCGAAGUGCCUGCUGAACGCAGGCAUGCAAAGAAACCCAGCCCUGAAAAGAAUGAUGAUGAGGAGAAACGACGGAAUAAAAUAAGCCUCGCAUCGCAGUUAGCUGUCCCCAUGAAAGAUUUCAGCCUCGCGAAGGUGCUCAACACAGACGGGGGUCGCAGAGGCGUCCAGGCACUCCCCAAUGUUCAACCUCCAGCGCAGAUGGUUGUGUCUAAAACAGAUUUCAGCCUCGCGAAGGUGCUCAACACCGACGGGGCUCACAGAGGCGUCCAGGCACUCCCCAAUGUUCAACCUCCUGCGCAGAUUGUUGUCUCUCAAACAGAUCUCAGCCAUGCGAAGAUGCCCAACACAAACGUGGAUCAUAAAGGCGUCCAGGUACUCCAGAAUCUUCAAGUUGGAUCGCAGAUGGCUUUCCCUAACAUAGAUUUCAGCCACGCGAAAGUGCUCAACACCGACGGGGAUCACAGAGGCCUCCAGGCACUCCCCAACGUUCAACCUCCAGCGCAGAUUGUCGUCUCUCAAACAGAUCUCAACCAUGCGAAGAUGCCCAACACAGACGCGGAUCACAAAGGCGUCCAGGCACUCCAGAAUCUUCAAGUUGGAUCACAGAUGGUUUUCCCUAAUAUAGAUCUCAGCCAUGCGAAGAUGCCCAACACAGACGUGGACCACAAAGACGUCCAGGCACCCCAGAAUGUUCAAGUUGGAUCGCAGAUGGUUUUCCCUAAAAUUGGUGGCUCUAUGUCUGGGCAGCACUGA